AUGGGGACAAUGGAGAGCUGGCGCAAGGCCUACGGUGCGAUCAAGGAUUCCACAAAGGUCGGCCUCGCGAAGAUCAAUAGCGAAUUCAAGGUAUCUCUGUUUUACGGUUUCCAAUCUUCUCCCCCGAGUCUCCUGUCUCUCAUUCUCUCUCAGACACACGCGCACACGCACACACGCACACAAACACGCACGCGCACAGUUUGCUCUGGUUUCAGAACCUCACUGCUUUGGCACCAUUCUCCUUUUUUGUUUAUGGAAGGACCUGGAUGUCGCUGUCGUAAAGGCAACCAAUCACGUAGAGUGCCCGCCAAAGGAGCGGCAUCUGAGAAGUGAGUGUUCCUUCUGGAUCGGGAACUGUAGCUUCUUCCCCUUUCCCUAGUAUUUUCCGAAUUAUCGUCCUUUUUGGGGAAAUCGUCGGUAUCAUGAAUUUGUACCAACCAUAUUAUUUAUCUUAAUUUUUUUUGGUUUCUCAGCAUCAAAAAUCUUGUAAUUGCUUGCUCUAAUUUGCUUCUCACUUUUAAUUGAACUAUCUCCUUCAGAAAUUUUCGUGGCUACGUCAGCUGUACGACCACGAGCAGAUGUGGCUUAUUGCAUUCAUGCUCUUGCGCGGAGACUGGCCAAGACGCGUAGUUGGACGGUAUGGCAAAUUUCUAGUGCUAAAAUCAAAGCGUCUAGCGUUCUUCUGGAGGAAUGCCGCAUGAAAUAUUUACAAAACACUUUGUGAAAGAGACAAGUUGCUACUUUAUUAGGGCUUACACAACAGUAAAUUCUUUUUCGAAGACGAGGAAAGUAAAUAGAAAAAUUGGCAAAAGCACACUAACGCAGGAGAUAUGGAUAGGUGAUGUUGCUGCUAAUUUAGAUCCAAAAAGAAAGGAAAAGAGCAAAAAGUGAUCAUUUGUACGGAAGGAUAAAUCCACACUCUUCAACAUUUGGUGUUGUCUAUGAUGAUAGUAUAGGUAGGUUGGAGGGAAUGGCAUUUGCCACAUUCUUAAUAGGAUGGCAUUUAUAGAGUGUUUUUAUGUGAAGAAAAUAAUAUUUUUUCGCAGCAAUUACGCUGUCCUCUUAAUUCCCUAUGAUGCAUAAUCAAAACCAGUCAAAUUAUUAUUUAGCCAAUAAAAUUUUCCAGAAAUCAUUUAAUCUGAAUUUAGGAGAUGGAUGUUACGUAAUAUCCUCAUUGUAGCACUUAUUCAUCAAGCAUACGAAAUGAUAGAUCUCGGAAAAUUUCAGAAAUGAACGACUCCAGAUGAAGUAUGGUGAGAUGUCCGGAUAGGCAAAUGGUUUCGAGGAGAGAGAUGCAUCGUCAAUCUAAAAGACACGUAUCUUAUCACCUUAUUGUGAUUUACCCAGAGUUCUGCCCGCUCAAGACCGUGAGAGAUCGAAGCGGAGAGUAGGUAUAAUAAUGCUAUUGCCAGACGAAUCUGCACGAAAUCAAAAUAGGCGAAUAUUUCCUCUGUUUGACUAAGAUAUGGAGUACAAUGAUAUAGCGGCUGGACUAGUAGGUUUCUUUCUCCACGUCUGAGGGAAUGAUCUUCCUCUGUGCGCCUUGUCCAUUUGUUUUUUCACACUUAUCCCCAUAGGACCCCUUGGGAAUCAGCAUGUAAAUAUUAGACUGCUUAUUCACCUAGCCUUCUUGGGCUCUUUUCUCUCUGGGAGCUUGCAGCUAAUCUCAAAUUAUUUUUUUUGGUAUCUGGCAGGUUGCAUUAAAAACGCUUAUAGUCAUUCAUAGAACAUUGAGGGAGGGUAAUCCUACCUUUAGAGAGGAGCUACUAAAUUAUUCGCAAAGAGGGCAUAUUCUCCAAAUAUCAAAUUUCAAAGAUGAUUCUAGCCCUCUUGGUAAUCUGCCCUCCUAUAUGGAUUAUGCAUACGGAGUUAUUCAUUUAUCAUGCUCAGAAUAUGUUAUUUUAUGCCCGGGAACAUUUUUCUUAGAUUUCUAGAGUUUACUUAUGCAGCAUGGGACUGUUCCGCAUGGGUUCGGACCUAUGCCCUUUUCCUAGAAGAACGUCUCGAGUGCUUUAGGGUUUUGAAAUAUGACAUUGAAGCCGAGCGUCUGGUGAAAUCUCCGCAGAAAACUUCCAAGGUGUCCCCUGCUUCUAGGAUUUUGUCAAAUUACUUUUUGGAGCUUAUGUUUUAAUGAAUCCAUACCCUCAUUUUUUUCAUUUUGCUUUCAUUUUUUAGGGGCAUAGUAGGACAAGAAGGUUGGGUAGUGAUGACCUUCUGGAACAGUUGCCUGCUUUGCAGCAGCUUCUGUUCCGCCUCACUGCAUGCCAGGUACUUUGUAACCAAUACGUACUGGAUGAUCUAAUUCAUGAAAGGGACAACGCUUUUGUAUCUUGGUCUGGAUUUCUAAUUCUCUUAUAUCUGCCUUUUGUAGCCUGAAGGGGCAGCGUUUCAUAACUAUCUCAUACAGUACGCAUUAGCUUUGGUAUGCUCUUAUAUUUUCCCUUAUGAGACGCAGUUUGUCUUCCGGUAAAGUCUUCCAUGUUAUGGUUAUCAACAUGCAAUUGUUUUGAGACAAAUUUUUGCUUAUGGUAGCAGUGAUAUCGAUUGUGUAUACAUCAUCAGUCUCUGGCAUUUCCGGCACAACUUUUUAUUUAAUGUGUUUAUUAAUCGGAUGUCAUUCGCAUCAGAGCGGCAACUUAAUUGAUAAGUCCACCGUUGACAAAAUGAGAUCCUCCACUAUUUCUGACUUACUGCACGCAGUCGGCAAGAAGGAUCUUCUGCUGAAGUCUUUUUCUCUGAUGAGGGAAAAUAAUUGACGAUAUGUAAACCCUCUUCAGACACCUCAGGGUGUAAACAUGGCAUGUAAUCGAUUUCACCGUUGUACAGGUAUUGAAGGAGAGCUUCAAAAUAUAUUGUGCAAUUAAUGAUGGGAUUAUCAAUCUCGUAGACAUGGUACUGUGAUUAGAAUCUGCCAUCUUCUUUCAACCAGAUUAGAUCGUGUACUUGUUCCUCCUGCUGGCUUAUUUUUCUUCUGCAGUUCUUUGAUAUGUCCAGGCAUCACGCCGUCAAAGCCCUCAGCAUUUACAAAAAGGCUGGCCAUCAAGUACACGACAAUUUAUCUCGACUUUUCAUGCCUAAUUAAUGGAGAAAAGGGUGUAAAAAAUGAACUGGGAAUAUUCCAUCUCUCUCUCUCUUCUUGCAGGCCGAAUGCCUAUCAGAAUUUUAUGAAUUUUGUAAAGGCUUGGAGCUUGCAAGGAAUUUUCGGUUCCCAACCUUGAGAGAGGUAAUUUCUCUUCUCCUCCCUGCUUUUCUAUGGCAUAUUUCUUUCGUUACCUUGUCUGCUUUCACUGAGAAAUUCUCGGGGACAUCUACCUCUGCUGUGCAGCCUCCUCCAUCUUUUCUGGCGACCAUGGAAGAAUACAUAAGAGAAGCUCCUCGGAUCGGCUCUGUUUCUAAGAUCCCUAUGGUGAGCAUUUUUCAUCAGUAGUCGAUGGCCCCAGUUAUUCCCCACUCAUUGGAUCGUCCCUUUCCACUGAAACUAGGAGCAUCAAGAGCCAACAAACCUGCAGACUGAUGGUAAACGAGAGGAGGAGCUCCCCCAAGAAGGUGGCCUGAACGACUCUGCGGGACCUGAGGCGAAGCCAAGUGAAGCUGAAGAAGACCAACAGCGACCUACGGAGGAGGCUCCGGCUGAACCUUCCCCCGCCCAAACCGGAGACCUACUGGUGAGUGUUCCCUUGUUUCGACUUUUGUCGGUCCUUCUCCGUUGACUUUGUCACAGGAAAAAGGGUUCUCUCCUCUGUAUCCAGGGUUUGGAUGAGGUCAACCCCGACGUGGCUAAGCUAGAUGAAAGCAACGCUUUGGCUUUAUACCUCACUUCCUCCUCCGGUAACCUCUACCGAGUCAUCAAACGUGUUCUUUGACCUCCCUGUUGGUCUCCGGUUUGACUUCGACUCACCAUCACCUUCUCACUCAAGGAGGGGGGAAAGACAAGCCCUAUGUGGCUGGAGGACUCGAGAACGGAGCCUCAGGGUGGGAGCUCGCGCUGGUGGCCACUCCGAGCACCAACGAUAGCCAUCUGGCAGAAAGUCAACUGGUGAUUCCCCCACCCCCCCCCCUCCUCGUCUCUGUAUUUCUUCCCUUUAUUUCAUUAUUACAAUAUUGCCAAGAUUUACGUAGAUUAAGAGAAGAUAAAAGAAAGGGUUUUGCAUGGAAAUAUGAUCUCUCUCGAGGGCUCUUUAAGAUCCACCUGCCUGAUUCAAAAGAGCAACCGAGAGAUCAGAAUUUUUUUCAGAUCCCCUGCUUCUCUCUCAACGUUCUGCUCUGCUUUGCUCUGCUCUGCUCUCUCUCUCUCUCUCUCUCUCUCUCUCUCUCUCUCUCUGCCUGCAGGCGGGCGGAUUCAACAAGCUCCUCCUCGACAGCCUCUACGACGACGGGGCGGCGCGGAGGGAGCAGGGCCACGGCGUAUACGGCCCUCCAGCGGUGGCGGCGCCGGUGUCAGCGGCUAAUCCCUUCGUCUCCCUCGAUCCGUUUGCCGCCUCCAACACCAUCGCCCCUCCUGCAGCAGUUCAGAUGGCGAUGAUGCAGCACCAGCAGCAGCAGCGGCUUGGGUACUCAUCGCCAUACGCUCAGCUUCCGCCGGGAAAUCCCUUCGGCGAUCCCUUCGCCGGAUUCCCACCGGCCGGCGGCGGCAACAACCACACCUUGCUGUGA